GCGCUAGAGGUUUUCUUGACGUGGUUGAAUCCGUCCUGCGGACCGCAGAGGAACAGCAAGGAUGCAACGCGACAAAACCGGAAGCUCCGGCGGUGGGGAUAAGCCGGACCGAGAGACCGCCAUCAUGUCUAAAUACUAUGAUGGGGUCGAGUUUCCCUUCUGUGAUGAAUUCUCAAAAUAUGAGAAGCUGGCGAAGAUCGGCCAGGGCACCUUCGGGGAGGUGUUCAAGGCCAAACACAGACAGACGGGGAAGAAGGUGGCUUUAAAGAAAGUACUUAUGGAGAAUGAGAAAGAAGGGUUUCCCAUCACAGCUCUGAGGGAAAUCAAGAUCUUGCAGCUGCUCAAACAUGAGAAUGUGGUGAACCUCAUUGAGAUCUGCAGGACAAAAGCCACUCAGUUUAACCGUUAUAAGGGCAGCAUCUAUCUAGUGUUUGAUUUCUGUGAGCACGACCUCGCUGGGCUGCUGAGCAACGCUAAUGUUAAAUUCACUCUGGCUGAGAUCAAGAAGGUGAUGCAGAUGCUGCUGAACGGACUUUACUACAUACACAGAAACAAGAUCCUCCACAGAGACAUGAAAGCGGCCAAUGUUCUGAUCACCAGAGAAGGCGUUCUGAAGCUGGCUGAUUUUGGAUUGGCCAGAGCCUUCAGUUUGGCUAAGAACAGUCAGGGGAACCGCUACACUAACCGGGUCGUCACACUGUGGUACCGACCGCCUGAACUGCUGCUGGGUGAGAGAGACUACGGGCCUCCCAUAGAUCUGUGGGGUGGAGGGUGUAUCAUGGCAGAGAUGUGGACCAGGAGCCCCAUCAUGCAGGGCAACACAGAACAGCACCAGCUCACACUCAUCAGUCAGCUGUGUGGCUCUGUUACUCCUGAGGUUUGGCCCGGUGUGGAUAAGAAGUAUGAGCUGUAUCAGAAGAUGGAGCUUCCUAAGGGUCAGAAGCGUAAGGUGAAGGACAGACUGAAGGCUUAUGUGAAAGACCCGUACGCUCUGGACCUCAUCGACAGACUGCUGGUUCUGGAUCCAGCUCAGAGAAUAGACAGCGACGACGCUCUCAACCACGACUUCUUCUGGUCCGACCCCAUGCCCUCUGACCUCAAAAACAUGCUCUCCACACACAACACCUCCAUGUUUGAGUACCUGGCGCCGCCACGCAGGAGAGGUCACAUGCCCCAGCAGCCAGCCAAUCAGAACAGAAACCCUGCCACCACCAGCCAAUCAGAGUUCGAAAGGGUUUUUUGAUUCAUCCGGCCAGCUGCUGACAAAAUAUAAGACAUUUCCACAUAAUAUCUUGAGUUAUUGUUUUAUCACAGUGUUGUGUUGGUCAUCAGUAGAGCAGGCAGACACAGUUCCUGUUGUUUAGUGUUAACAUCUAGAUUACAAAAAAUACUGAUCAUUGAUGAGAUGAGUUCAGUUUAUAUGAAUUACUGAAUCCAUACUGAGCUGAUCCAGAAAAACAGCAUGCGUUUAUUGUGCUGCCAGUGAACUGUGGGAGAAAAAAUAAUAAGUGUGCGUUAUGUUUUCAGACAGAUUCAGUGUAGUGUUGGAGAUAAGUCUGCUUUUCCCAUUGAAAAUACUUCUGAAAAUAUGUUUAGUCUGAGAGAGCCAUUAACCGUUAUUUAAGCACCUGCUAAUCAUCAUUUCAGAUGAUAUUGUUCAUUUAGUUUUUUUAAAGGAUGUUUUUAUUUGUAAGAUCAUGUGUUUGUGUUGGGAUAUUGGUGUACAAGUUACUUGUAAGUAAAUUACACUAAUAAAUCCUUUCACGUUUACCAAC